AUGGCUUCCUCAGCACCGCCGAAGCGACGAAUCCCCGGCCUGCCGAACCCUGUGUUGGAAGCGGAGCAGCAGAAAUGGUUAUUCACCGAGGAGGAAUUCGAGCGCACGCCAUCGCGCAUUGAUAAGAUCGAACGCGGGAAAGAAGACUACAUUCGGCACCGCGCAGUCGAGUUCAUUUGGCAAGUGAGCGUGAUGUUGAAGAUGCCACCGCAAACAUCAAUGACCGCCACGGUGUAUAUGCACCGCUUCCUCAUGCGCUAUUCGUUGAUGGGCCAAUAUCCGGAGAUGGGGUCUGAUCUGAUGCACCCGAAAGUGAUCGCCGCGGUGGCCCUGUUCGUCGCGUUCAAAGUGGACGAGGCCAUGCGCCGCAUGAAAGACUUCGUCAUCGCAUGCUGCCGCGUCGCCAUGAAACAGCCGAACCUGAUUGUCGACGAGCAGUCCAAAGAUUACUGGAAAUGGCGAGACCUGAUUCUGCAGAACGAGAGCGUCAUGCUUGAAUACCUCUGCUUUGACCUACAAGUCGAGUCCCCGUACCGCAUUCUCUGGGACUACUCUGUCUUCCUGGGUGUCGGCGACAACAGAGCUUUGCGACACUCCACCUACUCCUUCCUUAACGACUCAACCUACACCGUCCUCUGUCUCCAAUUUCCACCCCGCGUCAUCGCCGCCGCAGCCCUGUACGCCGCAGCUCGCCACUGUAAAGUUGCCUUCCCCGAUGACGCCGAAGGCCGACCCUGGUGGGAGCAGAUCGACGUCCGCCUCGACGACCUCAUCCGCGCCUGCACCUUCAUCGUCAAGAUCUACGAGCGUGUCCAGCAAAGCCUCAGCAAGGGCUACCCGGAAUUCGCACUUUCAGACUCAACCUCCCACCCCAACGACCCAACCCGCAUCUUCGACACAGACCCGACAAAAUCCGCCUCAGAGCAACAAUCAACCUCCACCCCUCCAGCCCUCACCGUCACCUCAGACACGGCGCCAAAUGGCCGCAAACGCUCGCGCGAACCCGACUCUCACAACAACACAGAAUCACACCCUCGCCCACCCUCCCCACAAAACAAACCCCCUUCAACCCUCAACGGGAACGGCGACAGCACUCGAUCCCCUAAGCGCCAGCGAACCAUAACCCCCUCCAACGAAGCAACCCUCCCCACCGUCCAAAAACCACACCCUCCAGCACCCUCCCGCCCGCGCGUCCCCGCAGCCGCACUAUCCCAAACAAAAGCCACGCCUCAUUUCAGUUCCUUGUCAAUCAAGGCGGAGAAGGAGAAGCCGGGGUCGGAACCGGAAUCCUCCGCACACCCUCCUCCGAAAGAAGAGUCCAGCGAAGAAGGCGAACUCCAUGAAAAACAGCAACAUGUCAUUCCAGUCGCGCAUCCCCCUCGACCUGCUCCCCCGUCUAUGGCGGAUGUGGAUUAUCGGAGUAAAUUAGACUCCCAGGGAGAGGAGAGAGAAGAGGGCGAGGCUGACGAUGAUGAUCGUGCUGGAAGUGAGGAAGGCGAGAUCUAA